AUGGCCCUUAAUAAAACGGUCUCAGAUCUCCAAGCGACCGGAUAUAGGUUGCGCAAGUCACAUGAAAAGUCCCGCAAUGGCUGUCUCAGGUGCAAGCAGUUACGAAAGAAGUGCGAUGAAGCCAGACCGAAAUGCUCGCGAUGCACCAGACUGUCGUAUACAUGUCAAUAUCAACACCCUCCGAGUGCCAGCGGAUCGGACACAGAGCUGGGAGGUUUCCCAAACUCCGUGAUCGAAUUCAAAGGAUCCGACUCAAUAACAGGGCGUCUUCCGGGCCCCAUACCUUCAUCCACUGGCCAACUUCCUCUUUCGCCACAAUCGAAUUGCGAGGAGGAUAUCCUCAACUUGGAUUUGCCCUCCCCGGAUCCUCUCAAUGCGACGGAGCUCAGUCUCUUAGCCCACUAUCUCUCGCACACCAGCCAAACCAUCCCGUUCGACUCCCUCGAUCUCCACGCUCUAUCGGUCGGGGUACCUAAUCUCGCCUUCAAAUGCAAGGCAGUCAUGUCAUCCCUGCUAAGCCUGGCGGCAGCAUGCAAAUGCCACGACUUGGCACAUGAACACACUCAAAAGCCCCUUGAUAACCAAACCCUAACAGAAAUUCAAGACCUCUUUGCGUUAGCCGAGCGCCAUCAUGCGGCAUCCCUCCGCCACAUCCAAACAACUAUGCAAAAAGCCCGGGGCUACGAUAACGUCCUCGCCAAUGCAGCGUUGAUGGUCUUGUACGCCUCGGCUAGUCACUCCAUUCGCGUUCAUUUAGCAGCCACAGCUAAAGCACAUGGGCAACGGCUCCCAACCGAGCUAUUACCGCAACAUUCACAAUGGAUUACGUUCACACGCGCAGCACAUACCGCAUCUAGCGCUAUACUCAAUGAUAUUGUCAGCGCGACUGCUGCUGGCAGUAUGGUGGAUACGGGACCAGAGUCCCAUCCGACAAUAUCAAGCCCUCUAUCACCGCAAGAUGGUCCAUCUCCGACAACGAAGCGCUUAUUUCUCCCGCUCGUGGCAUCCACCUGUGAUCGUGCUCUAAGAAGCCUUCGUAGAAGAGCAGAACGCACAACUGCUGUGCUGCUGCAAGCUUCUGCAUCAUGUAGCGCGAUCGACCAACAACGGGUCCAUGCAUUACUCGAAACCAUAAGUGUCCUGGAGAGCUGCGCAUUGGCAGCGCUAUCGCCGCGCGCAAGUGACAAUGGGAAGAUGGUGUCUGCGACGUCUCCGAAUACUCAACAUACAGCAGGGUUUGAGGGUUCCCGUGCUGUCUCACCAUGGGUGGCUCGAUACAUGAUAAGUGUUACGUCUAUGGAGGUGCCGCAGAUCCUUAGGAGGAUUAUCAUGUCUUUUCUCAAUAAAGCUCCGACCGAAUUUCUCAACAUCGUGCAAUCGGUAUUGGACUCUCCUACCGCAGAAGCUAGGAAUAAAAGUACAACAAUACCGGCGUCACCUACAAGCAGGCAGCUAUUAGUUCUCACUCCGAUACAUGUCCUGACUAUGGACAUCUUCGCUCACUGGCUGGUCCUGGUCAUGUUAUUAGAUGGGGUGUGGUGGAUCAAGGAUAUUGGACAGUGGGAGCUCAGUCAGGUCAUUUCUAUGAUGAAGACACAUAAUGUCAUUUCCCAGUUGGCUGACACUAACGAAAUGUGGUGGCCGGAAAGUAUGUACCUAGUCAAGCGAGAGCUUACACCAGAUGCGUAG